GCCCCUUCAUCCUAGCCUGUGGUCUGUUCUUCCACUCACACACCGUGGCCUCUUCUUAUAAAAGCAGCCUGUGGCCUCUUACCAGAAUUAUGUCCCAAAAAUAAUCCCAAACUUUCUUUAGUCAUCUUCUGUAAACAAAUAUUAUGAGAAAUUGCUAGGAAGGAUGACUAAAACACUUAGGUAAACAAGUAUCCUAGCCUAUGGCCACCUCUUCCCCAGAAUCAUUUCAAUCAGAUAUGGAGCAGUGUGUAAUCAUACAGUUGGCCAAUCCAUCACAGCCCGUGGCUUCUUCAACUCAGCAUAUGGCCUUGUCUUCAUCUCAACUUGACGAUCUAAAAAAGUACCUACCAUUUUAUAAAGCUAUACUCGGAGGCGACUUACUAUAUGUACAGGAAGUCUGUAACCAGGAUGAACAUGUGUUAGAAGCCAGGAUCACGGAAAACUCUGACACAGCUCUUCAUGUAGCUGUAGGAGCAGUCACCGCGAAUCAUAUAUAUCGUGGAGUAUCUAUUGACUAAGAUGUCAAAUGAUCAGAUGGCACUCACAAAUAAAGACGGCAAAAGUGUGCUUUCAGUUGCUGCAAUUGUGGGUAAUGUCCAAGCAGCCAAGAAGAUAAGGAAGAAAUGGCCAGAUUUAUUGGAUAUCAAAACACUUUUAAUUGAGGCUGCUCGACGUGGCAAUAAGGAGAUGAUUACCUAUUUAUUGAAAUUCACGGAUAGAAACUUGCUGUAUUUAUUGAGUUUUGUUCGUUCAUUGGCUAAUAAUCGCUGGAUUUUAUGCUGAGUUAAUUCUUCC